UUUAAACGAGGAAGAAGCAGGAAGACAGCAGUGUGGAACAGCACGUUCAUAAAGAGAGUUAAACAUGUCAAUAUUCACACCAACUAACCAGAUCAGGUUAACAAAUGUUGCCGUCGUGAGGAUGAAGAAAGGGGGGAAAAGAUUUGAAAUAGCCUGCUAUAAGAACAAAGUGAUGAGUUGGAGAUCUGGAGCGGAGAAAGAUCUUGAUGAAGUCCUGCAAACCAACACAGUGUUUGUGAACGUGUCCAAGGGUCAAGUGGCGAAGAAAGAAGACCUAUCCAAUUCUUUUGGAACAGAUGACCUGACUGAAAUAUGCAAACAGAUUUUGUCUAAAGGAGAACUACAGGUAUCAGACAAGGAACGACAGAGUCAACUGGAGCAGAUGUUUCGUGAUAUUGCAACCAUUGUGGCUGAAAAAUGUGUGAAUCCUGAGACCAAGCGGCCCUAUACAGUGAGCCUUAUUGAGAGAGCCAUGAAGGACAUCCACUUCUCUGUUAAAGCAAACAAAAGCACUAAACAGCAGGCUCUUGAGGUCAUCAAACAGCUGAAGGAAUCCAUUCAGAUUCAGAGAGCUCACAUGCGUCUGCGCUUCGUCCUGCCAGCCAAGGAUGGGAAGAGACUGAAGGAAAAGCUCAAACCAUUAAUAAAGGCAGUGGAAAAUGAGGACUUUGAUGACCAGCUGGAGAUGGUGUGUUUGAUAGACCCAGGCUGUUUUCGGGAUAUUGAUGAACUCAUCCGCUGUGAGACCAAAGGAAAGGGAACUCUUGAGGUGCUCAGUCUCAAAGAUGUGGAGGAAGGGGACGAGAAACUCGAAUAAACACUUCAUUUAUUUUCACCUGAUUUGUUGAACACAUUAAACUACUGCUGAUUUAUUUUA